AUGUCGAGCCAUAUCCACCCCGCCUCAGCAUUCCCCCAGGGACCUGGCCUGGCCGCCAAGAAGCCGACUACCCCCGGAUCGAAAGCCACUCUGUCCCUGGCCAAACCAAGUAAGGCGUGCAGCACAGUUGACAUGAACCAGCUUUCCCCGCAUGUUUCCAAGCAGGCCCCUCCUUCCCCUCCCACCUCCACGCCCACCCAAGCGCCCCCCGCCAGUCCCCGCAAAAGAAAAUCUGUCGUCUUCAACGACCAGCCACUGCGUAGCGCCCGGAGUAUCCCAAACCACCGCUCUCGAGCCCGCACAAUCGCCUCUAUUCCUCGCACCACAACCGAUGCCCCGCACCUUGCCCCCGUCCAGCCGACCCUGUUCUCAUCACGCGCCUAUGCCGAUCAGCAGAAGCGCGCCCGGCUCUCUCUCGCUGCCCCUCACCCGAACUUCCUCACAUCUCCUGGCCCCUCCCACAACCGUGAAGCCAACCUGAGACGACUCGAAUCAACUGGCUCGCCGCUUGGCGCUAAGGCCGAGUCUAAAAAGAAACUCUCUCGCUUUUAUUACAACCCGUCUUUCCUCCAGGAAGUCCCUCGCCGCCCGAAGAGUCCCACACUCGCCAUCUCAGCUGGCUCGAAGCAAACUGCUCGUCGCAACUCCCACCCGAUGCUCGCCGAAAAGGAUCAGUCGCGUUUAGAGGACUCUGACGAAUCUUCUGACUCUGAUGAGGAGGUUGCUUUGACACUCAUCAACGACACUUUCGAUCUCCGGAGAACGUCCUCUUGUUCGCGACUUCAGAAACUUCGGAACGAGGUGGAUGAUGAAUCAGGCGACGAAAUCGCGGAGCUACGCCCUAUUUUAAAGAAAACGCGUGGACGGAUCUUGCUGGCAGAAUCAGUACAGCAAGCCACUGCCGAGAACGGUCGACGCAGGCUUUCACUUGAUCCAGCUCCACUGCUGUCUUACCGUCAAGUGAUUGCUGCCGUGACAUCUAAAGCCUCGCAUAAAACGAGUCCCAGCUUCCCCGCCCACGCGUCAACCAGCGCGUUGCCAGCAGCAAAUGUAGCCGAUUCUUCCGCAUCCAACCAGUCAGCCGACUCGCUGCAAAGCUGUUCGGAGACUUCAAAUACCAAUCUUCUGAACGGUUCUACCGUUGAUGCCGAUUUGCCCACAGAUCGCUCGGAUUCCCAAGGUGAUAACCUCCCCUCGGAAGCUAGCAGCUCAGUUGACAGUGACGCGAUCGAGGCCUGCCUACUCUCAUCCGCCCGGAGCUGCUUGGUCACUCUUCAAGCUUCCCUUCUUCCUCCACCCGAUGAAAUGCGCCUAGACCCCGUCUCCCCCUUGGCGAAACUGGCAAGCCCUGAGAAACACAAGUUGAGCAAAAUGGGCACUCUGGACGGCAGCCCACGGGAGCCUCGGGGCGUCCUGCCACGCGCUCCUACCUGUAACCCUCGCCUUGAGCCACCCAAGCCUCAACCUCGGACUCGUGGGCGACAGAGGCUCAGGGCCCGCCCCAAAUCUACCGACUCUCGGAGUACACCAACCACAUCGGGACCGCUUCGCACCCCUGAAUCUAGCCCCAUGCGACAGUCACAAUCCCUUCCACAAGUAACGAUCACCUUAAGAGAAGUGGAAGAUGCUUACAUCUCCCUACAUGACCAUCUGGACGCCUUCUUCAAGCAUUGGCAAGAAACUGGACCACCUUCGGACGAGGACCAACAGUCACGGCUAGGGCCACUCUUCGCAGAUGAUGUUGGCACUGCUCUCAUGAAAUGUCUCGUGAGGGAAGUUGAAAAUCUGUGCAGACACGAUGAUACCACCUCAGCUCAACCGCAGACCACAUCGGACAGCAAUCCAGCCACUCCAGAUUUGAGGGACGAGAUUUCGCGGAUGAUCGUUCACUCAGCCGGCAAACCUUCGUCAUCAAACGAUGCUUCUGCGCCUCCGCCUGCAGCCGUCAAUAAGUCUGGGGCCUCAACCAAUGAAAUCAGAAGACGGGUUGCUGAAAUUGAGACCGGUCAAGCUGCGCUGCGAUGUAUUGCCAUCCUGUGGAGCUGGCCUAGUUGCAUGGUACAUUUUGAUGAUUCCCAUACUCAGCGUCUAUUAGCGCUCCUAAUUCAAAUACCGAAAUCUUCCGUCCUCCGCCGAAAGAAGAAUCUCAUUGCCGUUGGACUCAUGAAUAACAUCUUCAAGCUUCAAAGACUGAAACGCGCCACGCUCGAGCCUCACGUUAGCUGUGUGGUCGAUGCUAUCGCAAGUACAUUGUAUCUGUCUGCUGGAAAAAGCGGAGACAAAGGCCAAAAGGUGUUGUGCUUGGGCCUGUCAGCUUUGCAGCAACUUACAACCCAGGUUCCUCAACAGAUGGUACCGAAGAUCAGCAAGUUUCUCGAGCCUUUCUUAGCAUCCUUGAUGGCUCCCGAUUCUUCAAUGUUGAGGCAUCAUGCCAUCGCUGGUUUGGGUGCAUUGAUCAAUUGCACCAAACAGGAAUGGGAUGUCCCGGCGAAACCCCCGGCUCGGGUUCAAAUUCACGAACUUCGUACCUCGACUGACGCUUUGCUUAAGCUCCAGCAAGGAAGGAAGGAAGCUUUCAGAGAGAAACUUUCCACAUUCGUACUGGCUUUUUACAAUGACAAAAACACUUUCUUGCGUUGGCACCUACUCGCCAAACAAAUCAAACGUUCCCUCAGAGCGGGCGACGUCGGUUGGGUGAUAAGUGUGAUGGCAACUAUGAUUGCCUUACUCGGCAAACGGAUCAGAAAAUUAGACCCGCCUCUGACCCAAGUCUUCAUGCCGCUCAUCAACCAUCUGGUAAGAGAUAGCCGAACGCAACACCUGACAUCUCAGCUUUGGGAUUAUUACAUCCAUGUCAUGUUGCAAUGGAGCAUCGACCAUCGCACCAAUAACUGCGAAGAAUUUUGGGCGCUUAACCCGACGCAACUCACCUUUUUCUUGCAGUUAUUCCGCGGCACCUUCUCUGUUCCAGCCAAAACUUUGCCCAGUCCGAAAGCAGCUCCAUCCAAUCCUUCCCUUGGCGCUAGCGGCAUUUCUGAUCAAUACCAAAGCUUACUUCAGCCGAACAAGGACGCUGCCGGGCCCGAACCGCGAACCAAUCCGGCCGUUUCAGAUACCAGUUUUCAAGCAGCAGCCUUGCCCGAGAAUGGCCAAUGCCAGUCUGUAGACGUCGCUCAUUCAUCUUCCCAUCACAUCCUACUUUGCGCGUACCUCUAUGGGGCCAUCGGAUUUAUCAAGCAAUAUCAGGCUCACCCACCGAUGUUUUGUAGCCCGCCUUCUGAGUUGCUAGCCCUGACGGAUACCUGUUCGAGGUUCCAAUAUCUAGAUAUCGUUUGGGAUCAGAUGAUCGAACCCUUUCUGCCCACCAUUCUCACCGGACCACAUGAUGAGCAGAGGCUACAUGUCUAUGACGUCUUGGCCGCUUUAUGCAGAUAUGACUCCUCCGAUUCGCCAACAGAAACCAAUUGGACUCCUGAUCGAUUGGUCCAUCCUGCCUACCAUCAGCCGCCCACUAAGCCCGAAUCGUCCACCGAGAUCUGCCUGGAAGAAUUCUCUAAUGCGGCGCUCUCCUCGGCCGUGGUUCCGGUCGAAAUUCCAGCUCUUGACCCGCUGUGGAUUUGCUCUCGAUACGACAAGGUUCUACCGAUGAUCGCUUCCUCUAUCAGCUCAAUCCAGUAUAUCAAGAACCUCAAUUCAACUCAAUGGGUGAAGCACCCCUCUACUGGAUCCCAAGAUUCCAAACGAGUCGGGCCGAGGAGUAUGUUCAGGCUCUGGCAAGAGCUUAUGAAAUCCAUUGGGUCGGUCUAUCAAGCCUGUGAUUGGAUAUUUGAAACUGAGCUCUCGGCGUCCCUCUCCGCUAUUGGCGAUACACUGGAACAUGCGAUCCAAACUCCAGCUCCUCUCGCAUUACGCGACGAGAGGGAGCCCCACCAUUCCCCCAACAUUUCUAUCUUUCUGUUUCGCCAUCUUUAUUGCAUCCUCAAGCAUGGCUUGGGUCCGGAGAUCAUGAACCGCAGGCUAAUCGUGAUCAAUGGAAGUGGAUCCCCCGACAAGCCUCGAAAAAUCAGCCUUUCUUUUAAGAUUCUAUCAUUUGUUUUCACCUCUUCAGCUGCCGGUGAGAUUGCGAACGCAUUGGGUCCCGAGGAUUGGCUGGAGUAUUGCGCCUUGGCUCAGGUUAUUGUCGAUGAUUUCAUUUCUGCACAGAAGGUGGUUGGCUUCAACGAAAAGCUCCACGAUCUCGUCAACGACCUGUCGGAGGUUCUACAAGCUUGUACACAAGACCGGCUGAAAUCGCUAUUCGGAAAGAUUUCGAUGAAGAUUGUAAUUGAGCUCAUGAAGAUCACCGAGCCCGGAGUUUUGUUGGACGAACCAUCUUUGAAACCAGCCGCUGCUAUUAUGAUUGAUGCAUCCUUCCAAAGCUUGCAGGAUGGAGGGGACGUUGAGCAAGAUACCAGGAAAAAGUUCAUUGAGGUCUUUAAUGAAUUUCUCUCGCGGCUAACUCAGGGUAGUCUCAAAAUCAUGCUUGAUAGCUGCCAAAUAAGACUUUCGGCAUAUCUUAACGAUGAACGGAAUGAUGAUAGGCAGCUGCUUUACCAUACAUUGCUUUCCAAACUUCAGAACGUCGACCUCGCACUCUUAAUGCCCCCCAUUGAACUCUCUGCCUUGGUCCUUUCUCCAUUCCGAAACCAGUCAAGCUCCUCGACAUUCUCUUCGAAACAAUUCAUUCAUUUCGCUACAACGUCCGCCCAUGCUUACAUUGGAGAUCAGGAAAAUAUUGUCCAAGCCGUGAAGGAUUUCACCCCAGUUUCUCUACCCUCUCGCCCUGUCACCCCCGUCAAAGCUUCUGAUCAUACCCGCUGUAGUCCAUUGUCGGUGGCGCUCCCCAACGACACUAAAUCACCCUCGCCAACUUCAGAGACAAUGUGCGGAAUGCAGGACUCAAGCAGCAUUCGUGAAUGCGUUCCGGAUCACCCGAGUGCUACGACUGGGCCUCGCAACCCCCUCAAUAAUGAAAGCCAAAUCUCACCAUCAGCCCGGGAAAACUCAAAGGAUGAAACUGUCCGAGAUUCUUCUCCUGAGCCUUUGGACAAGUCAGAUGCGGAAAUGAUCAUAGAAUCCCCAGCAAAACUCGUCCCCCUAGAGCGUUCCGAUCCCCUCUCCCCAGAGUCACCCCGCUCCUCAGGGGAAGACCCCGCUGGUUCACCGGCGAAGGAUAACCCAGCCUCUGCCGAACAAAUUGCAAAAACUGACAAGGCUUCUGACAAAGUUCAAGCUGUCAACGAGCAAUCGCAGACCCCCGAGUUAAGGUUACCAGAGAAGCCCACUGACACGACUAGUCUACCGAAGGCAUUGAACUCUAAGCCUGUGGACGCGCCAAUAGAUCGCCCAGAUGCCAAGUCGAUCGAAAAAUCGAGCGCUACUUUACUCUCACACGCAAAAACUCCACAGGCGCCCUCGGAGAUUCGGCCGUCUAUUGAGGGUUAUUUGCAGCAGCUUGAUCCGCGCCUCUCGGUUGACCCUAUACUUGAAGCUCCGUGCCUCCCACCUCCACCGUCCGAGACCUCUGCAGCAUGUCCCACUCACGCGACAAAACCUCCGGCUGACAGCUCAUCGCAAUCAAAGCAUCUUGAUGUUCGAGAUCCGGCCCUGUUCGGGCCGCUACUACAAAGUCAAAGAUUGUCUGACAGAGCUCAAGAUGGAGGAAGCCCAAGGGCUCUCCAAGCUGGUUUCAAAGAAACCAGCGCAUUCCACUGUCCCUCCUCACCACCUGGCAAACAAUUUUCGGGGUGGGCCAUAUACAUCGCAGGGGCUUGUGGUCAGGUAGAUGCUUGCAUCAACCCAGACCUCUCAGACUCGAAGACACCACUGAUCCGACUUGACGAAAUGUCGAAGCCGUUUUUCCAAUUAUCAAUUAAUCAACCAGGACCACAUGCCCCAACCGGACGGUCGGCAUUCCAACUGAAUGUUAAAAACAUCAACUCCAACGCCUGCUUAAAAUCAAGUAUAAUUCCCAGUCCCUGUGCAUCGUCCUCUGCACAACCUUACACCCCGAAGUCGUUCUUGCAUCCGGCCGAAGCUCAUGACCGCCAAAUUUCCCCUCUCACAACCAGCCUGGGUGCGUUAGACACUCUCGCUCCUUUUGCUAAGCGUCAAGGAGGGAAAAAUCUUUCCUUCGGCCCUCCACAAUUAGCAUCCCUUGAACCUGCUCGAAGCGCGAGGGAGAUGUUGCAGAACAUGACUACCCGCAAGCCGCAGGAGAGCUCCAAGACACAAGUUCAGGCUGGUUCGAAUCCGGACCCAUCAUCUCAGACCGAUGAGGGCUCGCCUGAUGCCCCCGAAAUUUCUAGCAAAUCUGUGCUGCUGUCCAAACGGAAACGAGAUGAGCCCCACUCGAAUCUCGCCGACAAACUCGACCAUCCCUCGCAAGCUACUAGUACUUUUGCCGCGGUUGAUCUGGUCUCCAGAAGCCAACCCGUAGAGUCAGGCACUCGAGCCGAUAAUCCUGCUCCCGGCAGGUUGCUGUCACCAUCGUCUUCGACCAGGAAAUUGAUGUCUCAAACGACUUCGACCAGGAAGUCGCCAGUUCGACACUUACUACCAUCGAUAUCUGCAUCGAAUGAGGAUAGCAGCUCUCCACCCCCUCGUAAAAAGACUAAAUGCAGCGAAAGCUCAGUGGCCCCGCCAAUCGAGAUCAGCGACGAAGCGAGCAAUGUCCCGAAGCAGGCUAUUUCAAGCUCGUCCCCUGUUGCACGCCCUCAAGCUGAUGAGGUUCAGUCUGAAGUCGCAGAGACCAGUCUAGCCCCACUUGAUUCGACCAAUUCAGACUCGCCUCGACCUUCGACAAAGAGAAGAGGAAGGAGGAGUGACUGCGAGAUCCUACUGGAAUGCGCAUCUUCCAGUCAACUGGGCAGGAUUACUAAAACUGCCUCCGAGAUACUCGUUUCGCGAGCUCGGGUUACGCGUGCAUCUUCACGCCGAUUGAGCUCGGAUGAAAGACUAUCUAAUUGA